AUGUCAUCUGUGGGUCAAAAGAGAAAGAGAUCAGAGGAGUCUCCUUUGACAAGGCAAGAUGGCACUCAGCAACCGACAGGCUCAUCUCUUCUGCGAAACUCCGAGGAAAUGUCGUUUCCUAGAGGUGGUUCGAGUGCUUUGACACCAUUGGAACUCAAACAGGUCGCUAACGAAGCAGCUAGCGACGUGCUCUUCAAAAACGAUUCAAGUGUGACUGCAGCUCCAAAAGAAAGCCAAAGACCUAAAAAGAAGAAGAAGACCGCUGUAUCCGCGAAAAAUGGAACAGCAACUGCAUCUGAGGCCGAAGACGACGGCUCCGUGGCUAUAGUGGACCAUCUGACUUUUAAAAACUUGCCUGUGGGAACUUUACUGUUGGGCCAGAUUUGCAAAAUCAACAAGCACGAUCUUUGCGUGUCUCUAUCGGAUGGUCUUUGCGGGUUCGUGACGCUACCAAACAUAUCUGAACCAUUCACACAAAUUUUGGAAGAUCUCGAUGAAGCCAUGCAAAGUGACGAAGAGGCCGACAAUGAGAACGAUGGUUCCGACGCUGAAUACGACAGCGACGAAAAUGUCUCGCAGCCAACUCAACGUGAAGCGUCCAAGGCCAAGGGUGUACCAGAAUUGAAGAAUUUUUUCAGUCUGGGACAAUGGUUGAGAUGCGUUGUGCACUCGAAUUCAGCUCUAGACAGCACAAAAAAAUCCAAGAGAAUAGAACUUUCGAUCGAGCCACAGGCUGUUAACAAACUGGUAGAAGAAGACUUGGUGAGAAACUGCACACUUCAGUGCGCCGUUAAAAGCAUAGAGGACCAUGGUGCCAUCCUAGACGUUGGUGUCCAGGGCAUAAGCGGCUUCAUAUCUAAGAAAGACUACGCGCAUUUACCAGAUCUACAACAAGGUCAAGUCUUUCUAGGUAACGUCGCUAAGAGAUCUGGCAGAACCGUAACAAUCAACUUUGAUUUCAACAACAAAAAAUGCAAAAUCUCUCAGAUAUCAUCCAUUGAUGCCAUAAUCCCAGGUCAACCUGUUGAUUUCCUGUGCCAAAAGAAAACCUCCAACGGUAUGAUCGGAAAGGUCUUUGGUAUGGUCAACGGUUUUCUCAAUUUGUCACACCAAUCAAAGUUUUAUAAUGCAAAAGCGGACGAUCAAACUUAUUCUAUUGGUACCAAUAUCAAGGCCAGGAUUAUUGCUUCUGUCACCAACAAAGCCGGUGAAAAGUUCGUCAUUAUGUCGGAGUUGCCCCACAUUAUGUCUCUGCAAGCUUCUUGCGCUCAAGAGCAAGCAUUGGAAGCAUUCCCUGUGGGCCAUAUCUUCCUGGACUGUGAAGUCAAGGAUCGUGAUUCUCAGUUUUUCUACUUGAAAUUGAACAACGACAGCAUGGGACAAGUUCACAUAUCAAAGACGGGAGCAGAAGAUCCAACGUCUGGGAUAUCUGCACGUGUAUUGGGCUUUAACAAUUUUGACGGGUACUACCAGCUGUCAACGGACUCCAAAACUUUGUCGGCUUCUUAUCUCAGAGCCGCUGACAUCCCUCUUGGUACUGUCCUUUCCGGUUGUGAAAUAACAGAUGUUUCUGAAAAAGGCAUCAAAUUGAGCAUUUCGAGCGGACAGUUCGUAGCAAACGUGCCUCCACUCCAUAUCUCGGACAUUAGGCUGGUAUACCCCGAGAGAAAAUUUAAGAUCGGUUCCAAGGUCAAGGCCAUGCUAAUAAAUGUCAAUAAUAGAGGCCAUCUGUUCAUGUCUUUGAAGAAGUCACUCGUAAACAUGGACAAAGAGGAGGUGCAGAAUGCAUCCAGCUUCAAAGACAUUGAACGUAUUGCAUCCAGCGGUUCGAAGGUAGCUGCAAGCGUUGAAAUUUUUAAGACUAACGGCUGCGUCGUCUCAUUCAUGGGUGGAUUGAAGGGCUUCCUACCCAACAGUGAAAUUUCCGAAGCGUUUGUAAAAAGACCUCAAGACCAUUUGAGACUAGGGCAAACGGUUAUUGUCAAGGUCUUGGAACAUAUUGAAGCAAAAAACAGGUUAGUUGUAACUUGUAAGCUUUCGAGCGAAGCUGCAUCUCAACAAAAAGAGGCCAUUGAGCAAAUGAUUGUGGGUAGAUCAAUCAUCAAGGUUGCAGUCGUAGAAAAGACCAAAGACUCUUUGGUCGUUGAGCAAAUGGAGACUGGACUACGUGGUGUGAUCUAUGUUGGACACCUUUCCGACUCGAGGAUCGAGCAAAACAGAGCUGCGCUGAAAAAGAUCAAGAUCGCCAAUGAAUUUGAAGGACUGGUAAUUGAUAAAGACGCCAGAACCAGAGUUUUCAAUCUCUCUUGCAAGAAAUCUUUGAUGAAAGACGCAGAAAAAUCUCUAUUACCUCUAGCUUACCAGGAUGUUAAGGAAAAAGGCACUCAAACGCCUAUCCAUGGGUAUGUCAAAUCUGUUUCCGAAAAGGGUCUUUUUGUGGCAUUCAAUGGACAAUUUGUAGGCCUAGUGCUACCCAGCUAUGCUGCUGAUAGCCGUGACGUGGAUUUGUCCGCGAAGUAUUACGUUAAUCAGUCCGUGACAGUCUAUUUGCUGAGAACUGAUGAUGAACAUGAACGCUUUCUACUCACCUUGAAGAAGCCAAAGGCUGACGCAGUGCAAAAAAGUGUCAAGGAAAGUACGCCCGCGAUAAAUCCGGUAGAUGCUUCUAUCAAAAGUCUCGAGGACUUCAGCAUAGGCAAGGUCACCAAAGCAAUUGUUAAAGCAGUGAAGAAAAAUCAGCUGAAUGUUGUUGUUGCUGAUAACUUACAUGGAGCAAUUGACGUUUCUGAGGUCUUCGACAAGUGUGAAAACAUAGAAAACGCAAAAAACCCUCUUGCUAAAUUCAAGAAGGGUGAUGUUCUAGACGUCAAGGUCAUUGGCUACCACGAUGUUAAAACGCAUAAGUUUUUGCCUAUCUCGCAUAAUUCGUCAAAGAAUGUUCUUCUGGCUCUAACAGCCAAACCCUCUCAUUUGAAAGGCGCUAGCCACCUUCAGAUCGAUAACAUCAAAGUUGGGGACUUUGUCGUGGGAUUCGUUAACAACGUUCUCAAGGACAUUGUAUGGCUCACUGUUUCUCCAACUAUUAAGGCCAAGGUUGCAUUUUUCGACCUUUCCGACCAAUGCACGCAGUACACUGACAAAAUCGAAGACACAUAUCCAUUGGGAUCUGCACUAACAAUGAAAGUCACACACAUUGACAAGGACCGCAACACCCUGACUGUUUCUGGAAGAUCGCAUACGAUCACAGAAGCAUCUCAAGUGGCUGUUGGCGAGAAGCUACCAGCCCGUAUUCUCAACGUAACCGACAGUUAUGUAUUGUUGGAGCUAGGAGAAAACGUCAAGGGUGUCGCCUUUAUAACGGACGCUUUGAACGACUAUUCCAUGUCGCUCAAGGAUGCCUUUGGGUCUCAAAAGAACGCGAUUGUGCCAACAACAGUGUUAUCUAGGAACGACGACAAGAUCAAUUUGUCCUUGCGGUCUGAAGACGCUAAAGACGGAAACGCGACGAGUCAUAAGUCUUUGAAACAGGGUGACGUGGUUCGUGGUUUCGUCAAGAAGGUCAUGGACAAGGGCGCUUUCAUUUACCUAGGUGGUAAGUUGCAAGCAUUUGUUCCUGUGAGCAAACUAACAGACUCUUACAUCAAAGACUGGAAAAAGUUCUAUAAGCCAAUGCAAGCCGUUGUGGGGAAGGUGGUGAAUUGCGAUGACGAUGAGCAUAUUCUGCUGACCUUGAAAGAGUCUGAAGUCAAUGGUGAUCUCAAGAUUCUGAAGAACUACGCAGACAUUAGGGUUGGGGAUAUUUAUGAAGGCUCAGUAAAGAGUGUCACCGACUUCGGCUUGUUUGUCAGAUUGGACAAUACUAUGAAUGUUACUGGUUUGGCACAUAAAACUCAAGUGGCCGAUACCAAACUUGAAGAUCUUGCGUCAAUCUUUGGUCUUGGCGACAAAGUCAAGGCAAUCGUGUUAAAGGUCAAUUCAGAAAAGAAACAAUUGUCACUAGGGCUCAAGGCGUCUUAUUUCAAGACAAAGGAAGAACUCGUAACAGCUGACAGCCAUCUUUCUGAAGGAGAGGGUGAAGAGGCCAACGAGUCUGCAAGUGGCGAAGAAUUUGUGGAGGAGGCCCAAAACUCGAGCGAUGAUGAAGAAUCUGAAGAUGAAGAAAUGGACGUCGAAAAAGCUUCUGCAUCCAGCUCAAAGCCAAGCGAUGGCUUGAGUUUGAGUGCUGACUUUGACUGGACCACUAGCAUUCUUGACCAAGCUCAAGAUUCUGAAUCAUCAGAAGAAGAAGACUUCACUGAAAACAGACGCUCAAAGAACAAGAAAAAGAAGUCUGUGCGUGGGGUCGAGGACCAGACAAUUGAUAUCAACACUAGAGCGCCUGAGUCCGUUGGUGAUUUCGAGCGUAUGAUCAUGGGUAAUCCAAACUCCUCUGUGGUCUGGAUGAAUUACAUGGCAUUCCAGCUACAGCUAGGUGAGAUUGACAAGGCUCGGGAGGUGGCAAGGCGGGCACUCAAAAUGAUCAAUUUCAGGGAAGAGUCAGAAAAGCUCAACAUCUGGAUUGGUCUGCUCAACUUGGAGAACACUUUCGGCACAGAGUCGUCUCUGGAGGAGGUUUUCUCUAAGGCAUGCCAGUACAUGGACUCGUACACCAUCCACACUAGACUCAUCAACAUUUAUCAGAUGAGUCACAAUAGUCAUGAAGCUAGCGCUCUCUUCAAGGCAACAGCUAAGAAGUUUGGCUCGGAGAAGGUGGGCAUUUGGGUAUCGUGGAGCGAAUUUUUGAUCGAGCAACGUCAAAACGAAGAAGCCCGCCAAGUGCUUGCAAGUGCAUUGCAAUCUUUGCCAAAGCGUUGUCAUAUCGAAGUUGUACGGAAAUUCGCGCAACUAGAAUUCACUAAAGGAGACCGCGAACAGGGCCGUUCUCUUUUCGAGGGGCUUUUAGCAGACGCUCCAAAGAGAAUCGAUCUAUGGAAUGUGUAUGUUGACCAAGAAAUCAAGGGCGGAGAGAAGAAGAGGGUCGAGGACCUUUUCGAGAGAGUUGUGAACAGGAAGCUCACCAGAAAGCAAGCCAAGUUCUUUUUCGGCAAGUGGCUCGAUUUCGAGGAAAGCUCUGAUGACGCAAAGACUGCAGAAUAUGUUAAGGCUAAAGCAUCCGAAUACGUUGCUAGACUUGAAAAAAAUCCAAUCAAAUGGAUUAAUUGA